AUGAAUUUCUACGCCGCCUCUGGGAUGCCUGUGUAUCGGGUGGAACGGGAAUCGCGGCCAAAGAGCUCCAAGGUCGCGUCGAAAACGUCGAGGCUUCUUGGCCUCCAUAGCCCACACAAGGACACCGCGCCGCCCCCCGUCAGGCCUGUCACGUCAUCCGAUGUUGUGCCACACGACGCAAACUCGAUCGACCGGCUUUUGGACCCCGCCGUUGAUGGCCCCCCAUCUCCUGAGUGUCUUCGAGAACUGAGCCAGCAGAUGAGGCAAGGUUCUUUCCGGGACAAACAUCUCAGCAAUCAGACCAGUUCGUCGGGUUCAUCGUCUCUGCGAUCACUGACAUCUGCCGAUCGACCAUCGUGGGAGCAUCCACUCGACAGCAGGACGCUGUCUAGGAAGUCCUCAGGGCGGUCAACCUCCAGCAGCAUGCCUUCUCGAGAACGACCGGAAAGCGUGCAGAUCUUUGGCAAGAAGCUUUUUGCGCGACGGGGGAAGGGGAGGCGCGAGAGCAGCGCGCAAAGCUCGUCGAGCUCGAUGUACUCAACCGAUGCCGUUGACCCAGCGCUGCCCGCUGCGCAGACUUCGGCCCCAAGCCGGGAUUCCACUAUCCCAGCGCUCUUUUCUGGCAUUCGUCGCAGCAAGCAGGAUGCGGCUUCCGACGCGCAACGGAAACUCAACAUUUCCAUGCCAUACAACUUCCAGCACGUAGCCCACACGCAAAAGGACCAGGUUCCAGAGUCUCACAUCGUCAGCCGUGAAAAUGGAACAGUGUCAGCGGAUCCGGGUGCCGAUGACAUGCACUUUGCCGACUUCUCGACUGAUUCGCUGCCACUGGACGAGGAGGAUGCGGAAGCAGCUGCAACCGUCGAACUUCGCAAAACCACGUCUCUCACCCGGACCUCGUCGGUGGUGCGAAAGACGUCGACAUCCCGUCGGAUUCUCAGCCGCUCUCAAUCCCAAGAUCAGCUCAGCAUGAACAUUCCUCCGCCGCGGCCUCCAAGAUCGCCAGUGGAACGGUCCGCGCCGGGCGGGUCAGCCCGCGGCCUCAGCCGGAUUCUUAACCGCCACGAGCGAUUUGAUUCGGUAGACCGGCCAGUGACGAGUGCGUGCUUCCGCAGUCAGCCGUCGUACGCCGACGCGGGGAGUCCGCCUGCGACAUCGUACGGGUUCAUGUCAGAUAUGGACGUGAUCCACGAGCACGGUCAUUCUACCAGUAUUGGCUCUCAAGAUGACGCAAACUGGCCGUUGCCUUGUCCCAGCAGCACCGCUUCCGAGUUUACGCUGCCCAACGUGCCCGAGGAAGACGAAAGUACGCCGGCCGUGAAGAAGUCCCGCGCGAGCGUUGCGAGCAACUCUUCUCUCCGCGGCAGCCAGUCAGUUCCCAUGCUGAGAGCGCUCGCAUCGCUCCAGAAUGGCGACUCGGCCCGCCGGCCUAGCGACGCUUCCGACACGGUUGCCCGCUUCGACAUGUUUGCUGCGCAACGCGCGCUCCGAGAGUCGUUGGAUGAAAAUGGCGAUUUAUUGCCUCGGGCGGAUUGGGAGGACGACAUCGACUACUGCUACGACCACGAAGCCGAGGCGGACUGCGAUUAUGAAUGGAGCCGCCCGUCGCUUGAGACGUGCAGGGACGGCGAAACGGCCACGCCCGUUGACCACCAAGGUCGAGGGGCCGAUUCGUGCAGCGCAUCGCCGGCAAUGCUAACACCGGCGCAGUUUGACGUGCCGGCUCUGAGUCCCGCGAGUCAGCUUUCGCUGGCCACAGGGCAAGAAGCGAUCACGCCGACCGUCGUCACGAACCCAAAGGCCUCCAACUUUUCCUUGCCCAGACUCGACUCUAAGAACCUCCUCCACAUCCGGAAGUCAUCGGAUGCGUCGAGCUUCAAGGAGUCGCACGGUUUCACGCUGUCGCCAUCUCUCCUGAUCCCCCCGGACUUUCAGCAGCAGAUGCUCGCCUGCGAGGCGGAAAGGCAAGAAGCCUCCGAGUUUGCAUUCCGUCCUUCCGACGAACCCGAGCUGAACAUGGAUCCCUCAGCCCUCGUCCUUCAGUACCGCACUAGCGCUUCGACGACCGGCACCGCCGAGAGCAGCACCUCCGCGUUCGACAAGCACAACUCGACCGCCUCCUCUUCCACCGACUACACUCGCAUGACGGCGAGUGUAUCCUCGCUUGAGAUGGAGACCUGCCCUCCGGCACCCGAGCCAUUGCAGCGAUUCCCAUCCCUCGAGAUGCCCAGCAAGGUUGAGGCCCAGAGCGCCUUGGCCACGCUCCCCGAGGUCGUGGCACCUAGCCGGCCGUUUGCCCGCCGCCCUCGCUUCAAGACACGCGGCAGCGAGUCCAACUUGCUGAUGAUGGGCGUGGACGAGCCUCACCCGGCCAAGGCCAGGCCAUCGAUCCUGACCCGCCGCGGGCGGGCGAGGACCACGAGCCUGAGCACUCCACCCCCAUCCAACCAGUACGCGCUAUUCCCGCAAGUCCAGCUUAGCGGCAACCGUAUCUAA